UACGUUCAGUUUUAGCUCGAUUAAUACAGUAUAUGGAUGUUCUAUCAGGGGUAUCGUUAGUUACACACACAAAACUAAAGGAGUCUAUCUCUAAACAGCCCGUACCUUCCUCAACUUCUAAUUGGACGAGGAAAUUCUCAACGAUAACUUACAUUUAGUCCCAUCUCAAUCCCAUCAUUUCCCUCGCAACAUACCAAGCAAACUCAUUUCGUCACUCGCAAUUCAAUUCUACCAUACUUUCACAGAUAAAACCCCCGCAACUUCUUCUGUCUUCUUCUCUUCUUCUCUUUCCCUCUUCCUCCUUCACACAUACUUUCUCUCUCUCUUUCAGAGACACACACUCCUUCACAUACACUCUUUCCUAAACACUCUUCAACACUCACGCUCUCUUCCUGAAAUUCAAUUCGUAUCUUUUCGGUUACCCGUCAAUUCAACCUACUACCAAACGUCUUCUGUAGUGGCUCUUGCCUUGAAUCGGCUUAGGUAUGUCUAGUAUUCCUUCAUUUACCCUCCAAUUCCUGUUUGAAGUGCGAAUCUGUACCAUUGCUGACUACGCCAAAGCCUCUCGCCUUAACCAUGGGACGAGGCAAAUUUCUCAAGAAGGCUCUCAAGCAUUUUGAUGGCUUUGACUUUGAGGACUCGGUCCUGGACCAGCUAGCUAAGGAUGAGAAUAGCAUCCUUAAGCCCCUUCUGCCUACCACAACCAAGGCUAACCCGGAGGAGGCUAUGUCGAUGAUCCAAGGUCGAGUUAACCUGGCCUUCCUCAUUUGUGUCCGUAACGAGGACUUCUAUCGCCGUGUUCGCGGUGACGGAGCUUUCUACUACCUGAUCCUUGCGGAUUGGAACUCGGAGCACCAAGCUGCCCCAUUCCCCCCCGCCAGCAUCGAGAAGCUCAUCAACGUAUUCGUUGUCGCCCGUCGCACACAUCUAGUUGCGGAGUCUGAGGUAAGUAGGCUUCUUCAACUCAAAGGUAAUAUGACUAAAUUUAUCUGGUUACAGGCGCCCGCUGAAAACAAGCUGACGAGUGUCGUUGAUCGAUUCAUUAAGAUCAUCGACGAUGUUGAUAGCUCCAUUGCUACCCGCAGCGUCUCUAGCCUCAAGGCUCCCCAGGGAUUCGACAUGGGUUCAACGUGGCCGCCCGUUCACUUCAGCCCGGUCGACGUCGCGAUCAUGGGUGAGCCUACUGUCCGUAAGGCGCUCUAUGGUAUUAACCAUGUGAGCAAUGGCGGCGCUGAGAAGGCGUUGAUCUACCCCAAUGAUCAGCACCCUCCCCUUGAUGUACGUAAGUACCUUUGCUGGCUGUCUCUGCGGGAGACAAAGCCUGAUUCUGAUGUCGCGCUCUUCCUCGCUCCUAUCGCUUUCGCGGGCGACCAGCAGCGUCGCGAAUGGUACAAGCCUACGGGCCACAAGUCGCGCUACUACGCCAUCAUCGAGGAGUUUCUCGUCUAUGCCAGGGGUGAGUUCAAAAAGACGGGAAAGGAGGAAAAGCAGCAUGUGAUGGGCCUCCUUACUCCCUGGUUUUUUGAUGUGAACAUGGUUAAUGCGAAGGCCUUAGAGAAAAACGAGGCCAUUCCCCUAGUCUGGCAGAAGAGCUGUUUCAGAGCCGGAAUAAUGAUCUGCCUGACAAAGCUCAAGCGUGACGGACCUAUGUGGAGUUGUAGACUAGUUCUAUUCAGACCGGGCUUACCCAACUACGAGAAGGCUGCCGAGCCUUCUGACCGGCGACCGAAGCAGAACGUCUGGGUUGAGCAUUUGCUCAAGGAAUUGGGGAAGCAUUUCGUGAUCAUUAAGGGUUGGAUCGGCGGAAGAGCAAAACACCACGUUCCUGCCCCGCCCGAACGAAAGGUGUCGGCCGACUCGGUUGAGGUCUCGUGCGAGAUAAUUACGGAGAUCAUGGAGCGUCCGGACACGCUUCCUUCUGAACGACUGGAAUUCCUCAACAGAGGUUUUACUGCUUUGGAGCAGUACAAGUAGCCGGAGUUCGGGGUUGGGGUUGAUAGUUAUUAGUAAGCAGCUCUGCGGAUGCGUUCACGAAAAAGAGAUUAGGUAGCUUUAUGUAAGCCAC